CCCCUAACAAAACCCGAUCCAAAUCUGGCCGCCAUUCCGCAGACUCGAAGAGAGGAAGAUUAGAGAAGCGGUGCGGAGAAGAAGAAGAACCGAUCGAUUCCGAUGGAUGAUUCAGAGAACCCGUCGUCGACUCCCGGAUCGCCGACGUCGGCGGGGUUCAGCACGGAUCGGCUGCCUCCCAACACAAGUCGGACCACGGACUCCUACUCCGACGAGGAAGAGGCCGCCGUCGACCCCCACGUCAUUCCCGACGAUGACGGCGACGAUGGCGGCGAUGACGACGAGGAAGGGGAGGAUCUCUUCAACGAUAACUACAUGGAGGAUUACCGUCAGAUGGACGAGCAGGACCAGUACGAGUCGGUGGGGCUGGAUGAUUCGAUGGAGGACGAGAGGGAUCUGGACCAGAUCAUGGCUGAUCGGAGGGCUGCUGAGAUUGAGCUCGAUGCCAGGGAUGUUCGCACUGGUGCUGCCGAUAGGAAGUUGCCUCGCCUGCUCCAUGACCAGGAUACAGAUGAAGAUAUCAACUACAGGCGUCCAAAAAGAUUCAGAGCUGAUUUCAGGCCACCGGGUGGGGCAAGAAGUGAUGAUGAUGCUGAUGGUGCCCCGCAAAGUUCUCCAGGAAGAUCCCAGCGUGGACACUCAAGAGAUGAUGUUCCAAUGACUGAUCAAACUGAUGAUGACCCAUAUGAGGAUGAGUAUGAUGAUGAGGACGAGAUGAAUAUGUAUCGUGUCCAAGGAACUCUGAGGGAGUGGGUUACAAGAGAUGAAGUGCGACGAUUUAUUGCCAAAAAAUUCAAGGAGUUCCUGCUUACAUAUGUGAACCCUAAGAAUGAGCAAGGAGAUAUCGAAUAUGUUCGAUUGAUCAAUGAGAUGGUCCUAGCAAAUAAGUGUAGUUUGGAGAUAGAUUAUAAGCAAUUCAUCUACAUUCAUCCAAAUAUUGCUAUAUGGCUGGCUGAUGCACCUCAGUCAGUGCUUGAGGUCAUGGAGGACGUUGCCAAGAAUGUUGUUUUUGAUAUUCACAAGAAUUACAAGAAUAUUCAUCAAAAGAUCUAUGUGCGGAUAACCAACCUACCAGUGUAUGAUCAGAUUCGUAACAUCAGGCAGAUUCAUCUAAACACGAUGAUUCGCAUUGGAGGUGUUGUAACUCGACGAUCUGGUGUCUUCCCUCAGUUACAACAGGUGAAGUAUGACUGCAACAAAUGUGGAACAGUUCUUGGCCCUUUCUUCCAGAACUCUUAUUCAGAAGUAAAAGUGGGAUCCUGCCCAGAAUGCCAAUCAAAGGGGCCAUUCACUAUCAAUGUUGAACAGACAAUUUACAGGAAUUAUCAGAAACUUACCCUUCAGGAGAGUCCUGGAAUUGUGCCUGCUGGUAGACUCCCAAGAUACAAGGAAGUGAUACUUUUGAAUGAUCUGAUUGACUGUGCUCGUCCUGGAGAAGAAAUUGAGGUUACAGGCAUAUACACCAACAACUUUGACUUAUCUCUGAAUACGAAAAAUGGGUUUCCUGUGUUCGCAACAGUGGUCGAGGCCAACUAUGUCACCAAAAAACAGGACCUCUUCUCUGCCUAUAAACUUACUGAUGAGGACAAGGCAGAGAUUGAGAGAUUGGCCAAGGAUCCAAGGAUCGGAGAAAGGAUUAUCAGGUCUAUUGCACCAUCAAUCUAUGGCCAUGAAGACAUCAAGACAGCAAUUGCACUUGCCAUGUUUGGGGGACAAGAGAAGAACGUCAAAGGGAAACAUCGUCUAAGGGGAGAUAUAAAUGUUCUCCUCCUUGGAGAUCCAGGGACUGCUAAAUCCCAAUUCCUUAAGUAUGUUGAAAAGACGGGACAUAGAGCUGUUUAUACAACAGGUAAAGGAGCUUCUGCAGUUGGGCUCACGGCAGCUGUGCACAAGGACCCUGUGACAAGGGAGUGGACCCUUGAAGGAGGUGCUCUUGUCCUAGCUGACCGAGGAAUUUGCCUGAUAGAUGAGUUUGACAAAAUGAAUGAUCAGGAUAGGGUUAGUAUUCAUGAAGCCAUGGAACAACAAAGCAUCAGCAUAUCAAAGGCAGGAAUUGUUACAUCUCUCCAAGCGCGCUGCAGUGUCAUUGCUGCAGCAAAUCCAAUAGGAGGAAGAUACGACUCCUCAAAGACUUUCUCCCAAAAUGUGGAAUUGACUGAUCCUAUCUUAUCACGAUUUGAUGUCCUCUGUGUUGUUAAGGAUGUUGUUGAUCCAGUCACAGAUGAAAUGCUUGCAAGAUUUGUUGUGGAUAGUCAUGCCAGAUCACAACCAAAGGGGGUUAAUCUAGAAGAUCAGCCUGCGAGCAACUCGCAGGAUGACUUACUGGCCUCUGCCAGAUCCGCUGACCCAGAGAUACUUUCUCAAGACAUGCUCAAGAAGUACAUAACAUAUGCCAAGCUAAAUGUCUUUCCCAAAUUACAUGAUGCUGACCUGGACAAGCUUACACAUGUUUAUGCUGAGCUACGUCGAGAGUCAUCUCAUGGGCAAGGGGUUCCAAUAGCCGUAAGGCAUAUUGAAUCAAUGAUUCGGAUGUCAGAGGCACAUGCAAGAAUGCACCUGAGAAGUUAUGUGACGCAAGAAGAUGUGGACAUGGCGAUACGUGUCUUACUUGAUUCUUUUAUAUCGACCCAGAAAUUUGGAGUCCAGAAAGCUCUCCAGAAGAGCUUCAAGAAGUACAUGACAUUCAAGAAGGAUUACAAUGAAUUGCUCUUGCAUCUUCUACGUGUUCUUGUGAAGGAUGCAUUGCAUUUUGAAGAAAUUGUAUCAGGAACAACUAGCCGUCUCACACAUAUUGAGGUGAAGGUGGAGGAGCUGCGGUGCAAGGCCCAGGAGUAUGAAAUCUAUGAUUUGAAGCCAUUCUUCUCCAGCACACAUUUCAGAAAUAGCAACUUCAUUCUUGAUGAAGGACGUGGGGUGAUUAAACACCCACUUGCCAGAUGAAGUGCAGUUGGCCCUGUAUUUACUGAGUCAUCCGAAACAAGAGCCACCAAAUUUAUAUUUCCAGAGUUCUCAAGAGGAUCUAGACUGACCAGCCAACUAAAACAUCCUGUAAAAUGCCUUAUGCUACUUGUCUAAUACCAUUUCUAUUUCGAGCUAAGCUUUUAUUUUGUUUCCAGUAGACUGAAAAUAAUAUUUUCGUCAUGGUACUUUGGUUUCCGACA